UGGUCCGGUCCCGCAGGAGCCAGGACCGGGUUUUCCUCUCUUUAAAGGAUCCUCCAGCUCUACACCGACACACACGGACGUGUUUCAGCCGCAGUUGGGUCUCGGUCGCUCGGCCAUGGCCUCCAUCGUCUGUCGGGCCCAGUACCUGGAGGACUCGGAUCCGUUCGUCUGCACCAACUUUCCCGAACCCCGCAGACCUCCAACGGUGCGCGUGGAGGAGAACGUGCCGCUCAGCGAGCAGAUCUCCGGGAUCCACGCGCUGCUGGAGGCGCCUCUGCAGCUGGAGGAGUGCACCCUUCAGUUGUCUCCUCAUGGAAACUACCUGGACCUGGACUCGUCUCUGGCUGAGCAGAGAGACGAGCUGGAGAGCUUCUAUGCAGACGUGACGAAAGGGAAGAAGCCCAUCCUGAUCCUGAGGACUCAGCUCUCUGUCCGGGUUCACUCCAUCCUGGAGAAGCUGUAUAACUCUCAGGGUCCAGAACUCAGACGGUCUCUGUUCUCCCUCAAACAGCUGUUCCAGGACGAUAAAGACCUGGUUCCAGAGUUCGUGGCCUCUGAAGGUUUGACUUGUUUCGUUAACGUUGGAGCGGAGGCCGACCACAACUACCAGAACUACAUCCUGAGAGCUCUGAGUCAGAUCAUGCUGUUUGUGGACGGGAUGAACGGAGUGAUAAACCACAAUGAGACGGUCCAGUGGCUCUACAGUCUGACAGGAAGUCUGUCUCGUCUGGUGGUGAAAACGUCUCUGAAGCUUCUCAUCGUGUUCGUUGAGUAUUCAGAGUCCAACAGUCCUCGACUCAUCGACGCUGUCAACACGGUGGAUGGAGAGAGAGGUUUGAAGCCGUGGAGUUGCCUGAUGGAGGUGCUGGAAGAGAGAAACGGCUCUGAUACAGAGCUCCUCAUGUUUAUCAUGACACUCAUCAACAAGACACUAGCAGUGCUCCCUGAUCAGGACUCGUUCUACGAUGUGACCGACAGUCUGGAGCAUUUGGGGAUGGAGACCAUCAUCCACAAACACAUGAGCAACAAGGGGACCGAGCCGGACCUCCGAGCUCAGUUCACCAUGUACGAGACUGCUCUGAAGAACGAGGAUGGUGAGAUGGACGACUCCUCCCCUCACCUCCGUAAGGAGAGAAGAAAGAUGGCCGCCGGCGAUCAGGAGGGACGGAGGAGCCGCCGCUCAUCCAGCCAAAAUCUGCCGGACCUCCUGUCCUCCUCCACAGGCUCCUCCGCCUCCCCCAUUCCCCCCACCUUCCUCUCCCCCACCACUGCCAACACCCCCCCUCCUCUCCUCCGCCUCCCCCCCUCCCCCCACCUUCCUCUCCCCCACCACCGUUCUGGGUCUAUUUUGGUGACUUGGUGUUUCCUGUCUCUGAUCACUGGUGUCUCUCCCUUCCUGCCUUCCUCCCUUCCUCCCUCCUUCCCUUGGCGGGUCUGGACCACUAGGAGUCGCUCUUUCCUUAGCCACCACAUGUCAGCUCUGGGUCUGAGCAGGAGGUCCAGGCUCUUCUCCAAAACCAGCUCCAUCUCUGAGGAGCCUUCAGCCUCCUGCAGCUCGUCUUCCUCAGACCUCCCUCACCAGAAGUCGUUCCAGUUGAACCAGGAGCAGCUCAACAACAAGACGGAGACUAAAACCAGUUUCAA